AUGAUGAGACCUAAAGAUCUACACCAGGGCUCUGGCACCAAGACCUUCCUAGAUGCUAUGCACGGUGGGAAAGUUCACCUGGCUCGAUUCAUUCUAGACGCCUUAGACGGACGCAUCAUCAACUUUAGGACAGAAAACAGCCGCACCCCACUGAUGUUUGCCGUCUGCCUACAAGACAGCGGGACCAGGACCAAGUUUACUCGGCUGCUGCUGGAAAAAGGAGCCAAUGUCAACUGCCAGGACGGAGAUGGUCGCACUGCACUCAGCCUGGCCUGUGAGAUGGGUCACCUUGAUGUGGUCAAGCUGCUGGUGCAGUUCAGUGCCGACCCGGACGUGUCUGAUGCCUGGGGCAACAGCGCUCUGAUGUAUGCUGCAAUUUCUGGACACAGCCAGGUUCUGGAGUUCCUAGUUCGGGCAUUCAAAAGACUGGGACUCAGGCUGGACAGAACCAACAAUGCUGGUCACUCAGCCGUAGAGGUGGCCGACUUCUUUGGCCAUGUCCAGUGUGUACAGAUUCUGAACUUUCCUGGCAGACGGGGUCUUGGCACUGAAGAUCCAAGAGAUGCUGCAGGAGAGCAUCGGACACCCAGCGGACUCCCCCGUCAUGUCCUCGAGAGACUUUCAAGUAGCAACAAUGAGGAUCAGCUCCCCAGGGUUUUUCAAAAGCAGCUGAAAAUUGGGGACAGUGCAGGGCUUUGGAACAGCUUCAGAUGUCCCAGGGGACGAUGUCAAGCGGACAAGCAUCGCCACAGCUGGGCUCUCCCUCCUCAGCUGGAGAGAAGUCAGAGAUCAUCAGAUCACGAUUCUCUCUUCAGCACCAAACAGCUGCAGAACUGUCAGAUUAGAGAGUUGAGGUGGGCUAAAACGCCAAACUCUCUGCCUGAGCUGAGCCAGAAAGGCAUCAGCCGAGACGACGGACAUCAGGACAAACAGCCGGUCUGGGGAAAGGCAAAGUCCUUUAACCUGGACCUCGUGAGCAGCAGAAAGCAGUCCUACCAAGGUGACACGCGUGACCCAUCUGCCAGUAAACUGAAACGAGCCUCGUUACAGGAUGACAGAUGCCUUACAGACAAGACGAAACUCCGACGGAACAGCCGCGGUUUGACCAACGAGGCUGACAAAGUGCUGCCAAAACCUGUUUCAAACAGCAAGAAAUCACAGGGUGAGGACGGAAACGACGUCACCCCAUCGAGGAUGAGCUUUGCUCUGACCAGCAGACAUAACCAGCUGCUGUUUGGAGGGAUGGAGUCUGGCACAACUGGCACUCCGGGCAUCAUGGGGCUGGGGACCAGACUGCUACGGCGCUUCACCGCGCCGGACUUCAUGAGAAUGGUGAAGCGCUGCUCGUCAGGCUCGUCCCACGUCAGAGGCAGGAUGUCCCGCUCGGAAACAUUCCCUUUGUCGCAUGUGGACAGCCGGCCGAGCGCGGACAGCAUCAGCUCGGUGACGUGUGAGUUUGAGAGCUGCUCCUCGCCGCAGGCCCUCGACUAG